AUGGCGAAGGACUGCAUAUUUUUCAAAAGUUUCGGUCGAUUUGAGAUGAAAACGCUAAACUGCGUAGCUUUAGCUCUCGGCUUCAUCUUGAGCCUAAGCCUCUUUAACAUCUUCAAGCAGCCUGUCAUGGAUUUGGAGGCAUCAUUGUCUUUGGGGCUUAAAGUCUUGAUUGGCUCUGAUACUAAGCAGCAGCAAAAAUCCCUUACCGAACUCGAACUCGAUAUCGAGCUUCCUCAAUCGAUUUUCAACCUAAGCAACUCGAUAUCUGACGUGCUCGAGAUGAACGGCGACAUAAGAGUCCAUGGCAAAUCGUUCACCGUCUUCGUAGCCUCGGCCUCAGAAAAUGAUCCGACCCAUUCGUGGACCCUAAAACCAUACGCCCGUAAACACGACACUUUCCUAAUGGGCUACAUCCGGGAGUGGACCGUCGUACACGGGCCCGCCUCGAAACUCCCGGGCUGCGGGGCCCGAUGCCCGUUUCCCGGGGUCGUGUUCUCGACCCGAGGCUACGCCAUGAACCCUUACCACGACUUCUCGGACCUUCUCGUCCCACUCUACCUCACCACCCGACCCUACAACGGCUCGAUCGUGCUCCUUGUAAACGAUCUCCUCGAACCGUGGGUCGCCAAAUACGAGCUCAUGCUUAAGAAACUCUCGAGCCACAAAGUCGUGAACAUUGAUGACGAGAGUCGAGUCGUGUGCUUCCCGAGGGUGACCCUCGGGCUCCGGGCCCACAAAGAGCUGGGGAUCGACCCGUGGAAGCCCCCACAUUACUCGAUGGCGGACUUCCGGGGAUUUGUUCGGGCCACGUGGGCCCUUCGGGCCCGCUCGGGAAGAAGCCCGCGGGCCCGAAUGUUGAUGAUCUCGAGGAAGAGAAGUCGGAGGAUGACAAACGAGCUAGCCGUGGCCCGGGUCGCAAGGCGGGUCGGGUUUGAGGUGGACGUGAGGGAAAUCGACUCAGGUGACGUCGCGGAGUCGGCCAAACUAGUGAACUCGUUCGACGUGAUGGUCGGAGUGCACGGGGCCGGGAUGACGAACAUGGUUUUUCUACCAGAGGGAGGGGUGGUAGUGGAGGUGGUGCCGUUCGGGCUUGACGGGUUGGCCCGACAGUAUUAUCGGGCUGAAGCGGAGGCCAUGGGCUUGGGGUACUUGGAGUAUAGAGUGGGGUUGAAUGAGAGUUCUUUGAAAGGGAAGUACCCUGCGGAUAGUGAGGUGUACAGGGAACCCGGAAAGAUUCAAAAGAAGGGGUUUUUGGGCUUUCGGGCCGUGUAUAUGGAUGAUCAAGAUGUGGAGGUUGAUUGUGGGAGGUUUAAGGAGACUCUUGUGGAAGCUAUGAGGAUGGUUUCUAAAAGGGAUGUGUAG